AUGGCGAACCAGAAAGUAGGAAGGCCAAAAGCUGCUGGGUGCCAAGUUGUGUGGCUCCAAAGUUGGUGGAAACAUGCCACUCCAAUUGAUGUACUAAAAGCACUAGAUUUUCACAAUUCUCCAGAGGGAAUAUCAAAAACAACGGGAUUUUGCACAAACAGAAAGAACGCAAAAGGUUCAGAUACUGCUUACAGAGUCUCAAAGCAAGCACAACUCAGUGCCCCAACGAAGCAGCUGUUUCCAGGUGGACCUUUCCCAGAAGAUUUUUCAAUAUUAUUUACAGUAAAACCCAAAAAGGGGAUUCAGUCUUUCCUUUUGUCUAUCUACAAUGAGCACGGUAUUCAGCAAAUUGGCGUUGAGGUUGGGAGAUCACCUGUUUUCCUGUUUGAAGACCACACUGGAAAACCUGCCCCAGAGGACUAUCCUCUCUUCAGGACUGUUAAUAUCGCAGAUGGGAAGUGGCAUCGGGUAGCCAUCAGCGUGGAGAAGAAAACAGUUACAAUGAUUGUUGAUUGUAAAAAGAAAACUACAAAACCGCUUGAUAGAAGUGAGAGAGCAAUUGUGGAUACCAAUGGAAUCACUGUUUUUGGAACAAGGAUCCUGGAUGAAGAAGUGUUUGAGGGGGACAUCCAGCAAUUGUUGAUCACAGGUGACCCCAAAGCAGCAUAUGACUACUGUGAGCAUUACAGCCCCGACUGCGACUCUUCCUCACCCAAGGCUGCCCAGGCUCAGGAACCACAGAUAGAUGAGUAUGCACCUGAGGAUAUAAUCGAAUAUGACUAUGAGUAUGGGGAAACAGAAUAUAAAGAGGCUGAAAGUGUAACAGAGAUGCCUACUGUAGCUGAGGAGACAGUAGCACAAACAGAGGCGAAUGUCAUUGAUGAUUUCCAAGAAUACAACUACGGAACCAUGGGAAGUUACCAGACAGAAGCGCCUAGACGUGCACACGGCACAAAUGAGCCAAAUCCAGUUGAAGAUGUAUUUACUGAAGAAUAUCUAACUGGAGAGGAUUAUGAUGCCCAGAGGAAAAAUUCUGAGGAUACACUGUAUGAAAGCAAAAGAAUAGACGGCAGGGAUUCUGAUCUUCUGGUAGAUGGAGAUUUAGGCGAAUAUGAUUUUUAUGAAUAUAAAGAAUAUGAAGAGAAACCAACAAGCCCCACUAUUGAAGAAUUUGGCCCAGGUGUGCCAGCAGAGACUGAUAUCACAGAAACAAGCAUAAAUGGUCAUGGUGCAUAUGGAGAAAAGGGCCAAAAAGGAGAACCGGCAGUAGUUGAACCUGGUAUGCUUAUUGAAGGGCCACCAGGACCAUCUGGACCAGCGGGUCUUAUGGGCCCUCCAGGUCUACAAGGCCCCACUGGACCCCCUGGUGACACUGGAGACAGGGGCCCUCCAGGACGUCCUGGCUUGCCAGGGGCUGAUGGUCUACCCGGUCCUCCUGGUACUAUGUUAAUGUUACCGUUUCGCUACGGGGGGGACAGCUCCAAAGGACCAAGCAUCUCUGCUCAAGAAGCUCAGGCUCAGGCAAUCCUACAGCAAGCUCGGAUUGCUCUACGAGGCCCACCUGGUCCAAUGGGUCUAACUGGAAGACCGGGUCCUGUGGGGGGACCUGGUUCAUCUGGGGCCAAAGGUGAGAGUGGUGAUCCUGGCCCUCAGGGUCCUCGAGGUGUCCAAGGACCACCUGGGCCCACAGGGAAAGUCGGGAAAAGGGGUCGUCCUGGUGCUGAUGGAGGCAGAGGAAUGCCAGGGGAACCUGGAGCAAAGGGAGAUCGAGGAUUUGAUGGGCUUCCAGGUCUACCUGGUGACAAAGGUCACAAGGGUGAGCGAGGUCCUCAAGGUCCCCCUGGAGCUCCUGGAGAAGACGGAAUGAGGGGAGAAGAUGGAGAAAUAGGACCAAGGGGUCUCCCGGGAGAAGCUGGUCCUCGAGGAUUAUUGGGACCAAGGGGGACUCCGGGGCCUACUGGGCAGCCUGGUAUUGCAGGCAUAGAUGGUCCUCAAGGCUCCAAAGGAAAUAUGGGUCCCCAGGGGGAGCCUGGUCCACCAGGUCAGCAAGGAAAUCCAGGACCUCAAGGACCACAAGGAAAACCAGGGCUUGCUGGGCUUGCUGGUGCGGAUGGGCCCCCUGGCCACCCUGGGAAAGAAGGCCAGUCUGGAGAUAAAGGUGCCCUGGGUCCUCCUGGCCCACAGGGCCCUAUUGGAUACCCUGGUCCUCGGGGAGUCAAGGGAGCAGAUGGUGUCAGAGGUCUGAAAGGCUCUAAAGGUGAAAAGGGUGAAGAUGGGUUUCCAGGAUUCAAAGGUGAUAUGGGUCUUAAAGGUGACAGAGGAGAAGUUGGUCAAUUAGGCCCAAGGGGAGAAGAUGGCCCUGAAGGCCCCAAAGGUAGGGCUGGUCCAACUGGAGAUCCUGGUCCUUCUGGUCAAGCAGGAGAGAAGGGGAAACUUGGCGUUCCAGGACUACCAGGAUAUCCAGGAAGACAAGGUCCAAAGGGUUCCACUGGAUUUCCUGGGUUCCCAGGUUCUAAUGGAGAGAAAGGUGCAAGGGGUGUAGCUGGCAAGCCAGGCCCUCGGGGUCAACGCGGUCCAACGGGCCCCCGAGGUUCAAGAGGUGCAAGAGGCCCCACUGGUAAACCUGGACCAAAGGGUACUUCAGGUGGUGAUGGCCCCCCAGGUCCUCCUGGCGAAAGAGGCCCUCAAGGACCACAGGGUCCAGUUGGAUUCCCUGGGCCAAAAGGUCCCCCUGGACCACCUGGAAAGGAUGGCCUGCCAGGACACCCUGGACAACGUGGGGAAACUGGAUUUCAAGGCAAGACUGGCCCUCCUGGACCAGGGGGUGUUGUUGGGCCACAGGGCGACCCAGGUCCGCAAGGCAUCUCAGGGAAAGAUGGACCAGCAGGACUACGUGGUUUCCCUGGUGAAAGAGGGCUUCCUGGGGCUCAGGGUGCAGCGGGUCUGAAAGGAGGGGAAGGUCCUCAGGGCCCACCAGGUCCAAUUGGCUCACCGGGAGAACGUGGGUCAGCAGGUACAGCUGGCCCAAUCGGUUUACCAGGGCGGCCGGGGCCCCAGGGCCCACCUGGUCCGGCUGGAGAAAAAGGUGCUCCCGGAGAAAAAGGUCCUCAAGGCCCAGCUGGGAGAGAUGGAGUCCAAGGUCCUGUAGGCCUCCCUGGUCCCGCAGGUCCUGCUGGCUCCCCUGGGGAGGAUGGAGAUAAGGGUGAAAUUGGUGAACCAGGGCAGAAAGGCAGCAAGGGUGACAAAGGAGAAAGUGGUCCUCCUGGUCCCCCAGGUCUUCAGGGUCCUGUUGGUGCCCCUGGAAUAGCUGGAGGUGAUGGUGAGCCAGGUCCGAGGGGACAACAGGGAAUGUUUGGACAAAAGGGUGAUGAAGGUGCAAGAGGUUUCCCUGGACCUCCGGGUCCCAUCGGCCUUCAGGGUCUCCCAGGCCCACCUGGUGAAAAAGGUGAAAACGGGGAUGUUGGCCCUAUGGGUCCACCUGGCCCACCAGGUCCAAGAGGGCCCCAAGGACCCAGUGGAGCUGAUGGACCACAAGGACCCACAGGAUCUGGUGAACCUGGAGAAGCAGGAGACCCAGGGCCUCCUGGAGAAGCCGGCUCAGGGGGUCCCAAAGGAGAAAGAGGGGAGAAAGGAGAAGCAGGCCCACCUGGUGCUGCUGGACCUCCGGGUGCUAAGGGACCACCAGGUGACGAUGGCCCUAAGGGCAAUCCGGGUCCAGUAGGCUUUCCUGGAGAUCCUGGUCCACCUGGAGAACCUGGCCCUGCGGGUCAAGACGGUGUAGGCGGUGACAAAGGUGAAGAUGGAGACCCUGGUCAGCCAGGUCCUCCUGGUCCGUCUGGUGAGGCUGGCCCACCAGGUCCUCCGGGAAAACGAGGUCCUCCUGGAGCGACAGGGUCAGAGGGAAGACAAGGUGAAAAAGGUGCUAAGGGAGAAGCAGGUGCUGAAGGUCCUUCUGGAAAAACUGGUCCAGUUGGUCCCCAGGGCCCAGCUGGCAAAUCAGGUCCAGAAGGCCUUCGCGGUAUUCCUGGCCCUGUGGGAGAACAAGGGCUUCCUGGAGCUGCAGGUCAAGAUGGGCCACCAGGACCUAUGGGACCUCCUGGUUUACCUGGCCUCAAAGGAGAUCCUGGAUCCAAGGGGGAGAAGGGCCAUCCUGGCUUAAUUGGCCUAAUUGGCCCUCCUGGAGAGCAAGGUGAAAAAGGUGACAGAGGGCUCCCAGGGACACAAGGAUCACCUGGCGCCAAGGGAGACGGGGGAAUCCCUGGUCCUGCCGGUCCCUUAGGCCCACCUGGACCUCCUGGCUUACCUGGUCCACAAGGUCCAAAGGGUAACAAAGGCUCUACUGGCCCUGCUGGCCAGAAGGGAGAUGGUGGUCUCCCAGGGCCUCCUGGACCUCCAGGUCCACCUGGUGAAGUCAUUCAACCCUUACCUAUCUUGUCACCUAAAAAAACAAGAAGGCAUACUGAAAGCAUGCAAGCAGAUGCAGGUGACAAUAUUCUUGAUUAUGCGGAUGGAAUGGAGGAAAUAUUCGGUUCCCUGAAUUCUUUGAAACAAGACAUCGAGCACAUGAAAUUUCCAAUGGGGACGCAAACCAAUCCAGCCCGGACGUGCAAAGACCUGCACCUCAGCCACCCUGACUUUCCAGAUGGUGAAUAUUGGAUUGAUCCUAACCAAGGUUGUUCAGGAGAUUCCUUCAAAGUUUACUGUAAUUUCACAUCUGGUGGGGAGACUUGCAUUUAUCCAGACAAAAAAUCGGAGGGAGUAAGAAUUUCAUCAUGGCCAAAGGAGAAACCAGGAAGUUGGUUUAGUGAAUUCAAGAGAGGAAAAUUGCUUUCUUAUUUAGAUGUUGAAGGAAAUUCCAUUAAUAUGGUGCAAAUGACAUUCCUGAAAUUGCUGACUGCCACUGCCCGGCAAAAUUUCACCUACUACUGCCACCAGUCAGCAGCCUGGUAUGACGUCUCGUCUGGAGGGUAUGACAAAGCCCUCCGGUUCCUGGGAUCAAAUGAUGAGGAGCUGUCCCAUGACAAUAACGCUUACAUCAAAGCUCUAUAUGACGGCUGUGCGUCCAGAAAAGGCUAUGAAAAGACUGUCAUUGAAAUCAAUACACCAAGAAUUAAUCAAGUACCUAUCGUUGAUGUAAUGAUCAAUGACUUUGGUGAUCAGAAUCAGAAGUUUGGAUUUGAAGUUGGUCCUGUUUGUUUCCUUGGCUGAUAUUAGAACAAAUACUCCAUAAAACCAACAGAAAUGUACCUUGGUGUCACCAACCCAUUACACACCACAUGCAAGUUUUGAGUAAGGAUGGGGUAGACAACAACUUACGACAUAUACAUGUACCGUUUAGGAAGUGCGACUGUCCUCGGGAGGGCAGAACCACCUGGGAAAAGCUCUGAAACCCAUGAAGGUAGAAGACGUUGUGGCUAAGAUGGAAAAUAAGGCUGCUUGAUUCCCUACGUUUUGUUUCUCCUUUUCUAUUGGAUUUCUUUGGUGCUGUCGGGGGGGCGGGGGAAAGAAAAAUAUAUAUUCGUAAAAAAUAUGGUGCUCAUUCUCAUCCAUCAAGGAUGUGCUUUACAAAGUGUGUUUAAUAAAUUGUAAUUAUUUUAUGUACAGUUCUAUACUGUUAUCUAGGUGUCCAUUUCCAAAACUUGCACGUGUCUCUGAAUUUCAUCUGACUCUAAUUUUAUGACGGUUGCAGAACUAUGAUGGCAAUAAAUAUAUGUAUUAUGAAAAAAAUAAAGUUGUAAUUUCUGAUGACUCUAAUUCCCUUUCUUCAAUUAAUAAUAAAAGGCCUUUGUAUAUAUUGAUGUUGAAGAGUUCAGUUAUUUGAAGUUGCCACAAAAUUCUCAGAGGGCAAAAAUCUGGAAGACUUUUGGAAGCACACGCAGAUCAACUCUUCUCAGCUGACAGUACUUUUUGAAGAAUUACAGCCAAAAAUACUAUACAGUUUGAUGCUUUCUUCAGUGCUAUACCUCAAACAUUUUUUAAUCAGUAUCCAGGAUUUCACAAGAUAAUUGUAUAUACAGAAAAUAAGCAAGUUUAUAUUUUUGGACAAGAAAAUGAAAUGCUAUCUUAAUUAAUUGAUUCCGCCAUCACUCAAACAAUCAGAUGUACAAUUUUUUCUCUACUUUCACUCAUGUCAGUGUGUUCAGUGUGUUCUAUGAUGGAGAUUAUAUUAAAGAUGGGAACUAAGCAGUUAUUUAUGAAUCUGUGCAAUUUUAGAUUUUUAAUCAAUCCACUUCUGGAAUUGGACUCUAAGUUGCAUAGAAUAAUAGUUUCACUAUUACUUUAUCUGUCCAAUAGAUAUUAUUUCUUUCCUUUCGCAAUAAUUUCAUAUAUUAUUUGACACACCUAAUUGCUAAAUAAAAUCGGGGUGGUUAACAGUGCCUAUCUCAAAAGUCAUACUUAAUCAAGUCUAUCAAAACAUUUUUUUCCCCACUAAAGUAUUUUAUUUCAGGUAGCUGAUGAUAGGAGUAAAAUUUUUAAAUUACAAACUGAACUUUGUAUCUAUUUUGAGUAAUAUAUGUAAGACUUGAAAAUAACUGUGUUUUAUUAUUUCUUAUAUAAAGUGUUAAAUUAACGGAUACUAGAUUCCACUGGAACAUUUUCAGCUGAUAAUUUAUCAUGGCGGAGAAUUCUUGUCAUAUUAAAAAGUGAAAAAUUGUCAUUCAUAAUUUCUUCUGUUUCUCAAAAUCAAAUUUGUAAAUAUCCUCUCGAGGGGAUAUGUGAAUCGUAUAAUAAACUCAAGUCUUGUCUCCCUG